AUGCUCGUGGAAGAGAAACUCACCAUAUCUCAGCCCUUUCUUCUAGAGGUAGAGCGCAAGCUUUGCGGACUUGCAGUCAGCAAUCUCACCCUUCACGUUGGAAGCCCACAAUUUCGGAGCAUCCAGUCUCAAGGUCAGCAUAUUAUCAAAGACAUCUACUUCGGCCGAGUUAGACUCCUCACAGCAGCAGGUAUAUGGGUCAGAAAGGAUGGCAACUUCCAAGACUCAACAUUCGAGGAGCUGCCCGACCUUCGGGAAAUCAGGAAGCAAGUACACAACAUUACCGGACGAGUACGUAGCGAGCGCGAGUUUUUUAGUCUCAAUCAUAAGAAUUUCACGAUUAUGCUAGACGCGAUAAACUUUAGGCACGAAGUCAACAAGAUCAAGCUGCAGUCCGAAGCGUUUGCUGUUGUUGUAUUAAUAGAGAAACUGACAGCAUACUUUGAACGCAAGGCCGCAGACAGGUUACAGAUAUAA